UUCACCAGAACCUGACCAAAACGACACAUUGACACUGCCUGCCUGCCUGCCUCUCUACCUUCCUCUCAUGGUUUUGCUUUGAUUGCUACAUUUUGGGACCGUGCGCUCCGCAAAAGCAACAGUGUCCGCUGGGACCGCAAAGCCACAGAUCCAUCUAAAACCCUCCCAAACAAUUUCAUCAAUCAGAUUUCACCAAACUCAAUCCUUACUUGCUCUUAUGGGGAAGAGGAGGCCACGCUCUGAUGAUCACAGCCCACCCUUUUCUCAUCCUCCUCCUUCGGACAUCAUUUCAUGUUCUUCAGGAAUGGAAUUGCUAUCAGAAGAGAAACAUUUGCACUCGGUUGAUUCUGGUAAACAACUAAAGCCUCUGUCAUCAGUACUGGAUACUACCGGUACUUCUUUGAAGCUACUACAUGCCCACCCUUCUGCUGCACAACAUCAUCAGAGCCUUGGCCGAUCAACAUUCUUUAAACGUUCACGUCAUUACUAUGCCCAUCAAUACUCUCGGCGUAACUCUGGCAGUGUUGCCAAUGCAUCAACUUCUCGUGGAAAAGGGACUCCUUCACGUGAAGAGAAGCUCUCUUAUAAGUUGGCUACUCAAUGCAGCUCUGACUCUGGACAUCACUCAGUGAAGGAAAAACCCUUUUUUCGGCCAGCCAGAAUAAGGUCUAGUUACUUGGUAAUGGAUGCUGCCUCAGCUGAUCCUAUGAAGAUGUUAUGUGGGAUUUGUCAGAAGCCAUUGAGGCGCAAACCUUUUUUUCUUGGGAUCACGCUGUCUUCUACUGAAGUCUCUGUUGUGGCAGUUUUAGUUUGCGGCCAUGUUUACCAUGCUGAUUGUUUGGAGCAGAAAACAAGUUUUGAAGACAGACGUGACCCUCCCUGUCCUUUGUGUGUUGGGUUGUUGCCCAAGAUCGAAGAUUCUCGAGGGCAGGUUUAGCGAAGUUGGUAUUUGGGAUUUGCAAGAAUCCUUUCAGGCGGAAACUUGGUUUCCCGAGUUCGUGUCAUCUUCCUGAACUCUGGCAAGUUAGCAACUUUUAUCUGCGGCCAUGUUUGUCGUCCAGACUGUCUGAGCGUAAUACAAGUUUCAAAGAUAGUUUUAAACCCUACCCUGCUCAGUUGUUGUGUGCUCCGAAGUUGAAGUUUACAGAGGGGAGUAGUAUUUUGUAAAGAUGUCAACUUUGCACCAUUAAUAGCUUGACACUGAUUAUCUAGAUUAGAAGAUCCACAGCUAGAUGGAAACAUUGGAACUGUUAAUGCAGGUUGUAUUCAGUACUUACUGACUGUUGGAAAUUCCUAGCAGAUUAGAGGAAGUAACUUUUUUGCGGUCAUGUAAGUAACAAAAUCUAGUUCAUGUCAUUUUAUGGAUGCAUAUGAAUAAUAGAAUUUCAAUUUUCAUAUU